AUGUAUCUCCUCUUACUUCAGCUGCUGGUGCUGCUGCCUCUGGGAAAGGCUGCACAGCUCGGCCACCAGAAUCAUAGUUCCAUUUCUCUGGUGCUCCUGGAAAGGAAUCGCAGAGAGCUUCCCAUGGGCAGCCAAGAGGAGGCCGAGGAGAAGCCAGAUCUGUUUGUUGCAGUGCCACACCUGAUAGGGGCCAGCACUGCAGGGGAGGGCCAGAGACAAAGAGAGAAGAUGCUGUUCAGGUUUGGCAGGCUCUGGAAAAAGCCCGAGAGAGAACUGCACCCAACCCAGGACCCGGUCAGCGAGCACUUUCCACGUGGGACCCAGGCCCUCACUCCGUCAAAGGAUGGGAUACAAAUGAGGAAGUCGCCUCUUCAGGAAGAAGCCAAGAGAUUCUGGCACCACUUCAUGUUCAGAAUGAGUCCGGCUUCACAGGGGGUCAUCUUGCCCAUAAAAAGCCACGAAGUGCAUCAGGAGACCUGUAGGACUGUACCUUUCGGCCAGGCUAUCACCCAUGAAGACUGUGAGGAAAUAGUUGUACAGAACAACCUUUGCUUUGGGAAAUGUGGGUCUGUUCGUUUUUCUGGAGCUGCACAGCACCUCCAUAGCUUCUGUUCCCACUGCUCGCCUGCCAAGUUCACCACGAUGCACUUGCAGCUGAAUUGCACUGGCCUUGCCCCUGUGGUCAAGGUGGUGAUGCUGGUGGAGGAGUGCCAGUGCAAGGUGAAGACGGAGCACCACGAGCAUCAUGCCCAGGAUCCCUUUAUCCCAGAAUUUUCCACUUAAAAAGCUAUCCCAAUAUUACCUUUCAACAGCAAAGUCACAAUAGCAAAGUUGCCGAUUAUUCAUUCCGGAAAUGUCAGUGGGUAGAUACUCUUUUAAGGGAAAGGUGUUUUAAAAAGUAGCAAGAUAGACCAAUUUAGAGGAAAUGGUAUUCGUCUAGUUAUCAGUACACAUUUGG